AUGGUCAUCCCCAUCGAAAAUUACCUGCAGGUCUGGAUUCUGGCUUUGUCUGGCGCAUCCAUCGCGAUAGCUUGGAUUGCAGUCAUUCUGCGUCUUGUCGCGAAACAUAUUCGCAGAAAGUUCGACUAUAGCGACUACUGCAUUGUCGCAGCCUUGGUACCACAUUAUUCUCCCAUCUUACAGCGCUCUGUUACGGUCGAGGUCUCACACACAGCGCUAUGCGCCAAUUGCAUAUAUCUUGCGUACUACGGCGCCUUCGGUUUCGACAUGUACACCAUAGUAGCCCGCUUCGGCAUCGACGUGCUCUACGUCCUCUUCAAAGGCGUGCUAGUCAUGACCAUUGUAUGGAAUAUCACUGUCUGUCUCUCAAAGCUAUCCGUCCUGCUCAUGUACACUUCAAUCACACCCAACACAUCCAUGCUUGUCAUAUGCCGCUACAUUGGAGCAACAAUCAUCGUUUGGAUAUUGGUGGAUUUGAUCACGGCCUUAUCUAUCUGUAAACCGCUAGCGCAGGCAUGGAAGAAUCCGGAUAAGUGCACCAGUCAAAACCCGUUCUAUUUUUCCCAGGGCAUGUUGAACCUCAUCAUCGAUAUGGUCAUUAUCGUGCUGCCGAUGCCGUAUAUAUUCCGCCUACGAAUGCCGUGGUGUCGCAAAGUCGUUGCGGUCGUCAUGUUAGGACUAGGCAUCGGGACUAUAGCUAUCACGAUCUAUCGCCAGAAGCUUCUUUGGAAGCUGGACUUUGGCGACAUCCCGAAAACACCGAAUAUAAUCUUCGCCAUGAUCUUGAGCGAGCUCGAAACCGCGGUCAUGAUCCUGGUAGCUUGCAUACCACUUAUGCGUCCUCUAUUCUGGAGGAACGAGGGCCAAAACCCACCCAACGGUCGUCACAAUGCGAACAUCGAUGUCGAGGGAGGGCGUUUGGAAAGGAGGAACAAGCGUAGAGGUGCGAGGAAUCUACAGUUACUUUAUCCGCCAUCUUGGUUCGACAACAAGGACGAUUCGAAGGUUGCGGCGCAGUCAUCGAAGGUUGUGCAUGUCGCGGAUGUGGAAUCUACUUCGGCCACUGAAAUAUCUCAGGGUUCAAGCUGCUCUAAAGAUUCUGUCGCCGAUAAGAAGAGAUGGGAAGCACCAAAAACAUGGUAUAUAUCCACGUGA